AUGGAAACCAAGUCCAAGACAGGCAAAUCAGCUUGUUACCGCUGUGGUGUUGAAACCCACCAAGCACCACAAUGCCGUUUCAAGGACUCAGAAUGCCACUUCUGCGGAAUUAAAGGACACAUCUCGAAGGUAUGCAGAAAGAAAAAUUCUGCAACUAUUAAAAGCUCAAAGACGCCGGUAAAACUCAUCCAUGAAAUCAAAGCAGUGAAUGAAAGAUCCUUGCCAAAGCUGGAAGUACCUAUCAAGAUCCAAGGGCAAACAUGCACAAUGGAACUGGAUACUGCAACGAAUGGGAACUUCAUUUCAAAGCAGACAUGGAAGGAUUUGGGAAGUCCAAAUCUUCAGAAGCCUGAUUUACACUAUGAAUCAGCAAGUAAACAUAGUUUACCAAUCAUUGGUACGUUCGUCGCCAAAACGUCAACACAGGAGUCAGAGGAGACACGUGAUAUCAAGUAUACAGUGUCAGAAAUCCCAGAACUUGACCUAUUGGGACGAACUGCUACUAAGGAGCUGGGCAUCUCUGUAGACCAAGCACUCAACGAUGUCGAAUCAUGUCAUGCAGUCUUUAGCAAUCUAAAGGCCGACAUCAAACUACAGGAGAAAUGCAAGAAAUUGUGCAAUGAAUUUAAAGAUUUAUGGAAACCGGAAUUAGGAUGCCUCAAAGGCUAUGAACUCGAAGUAAAGUUUAAGCCCAAUGUCCAGCCUAUCUUCAGGAAAGCACGGCCAGUUCCAUUUGCCAUGGAAGCUGAUUUGGAAGAAGAAUACCAGAAGGGUAUAACAAAAGGAGUAUGGGAAGCCACACAAUUUUGUCAAUUUGGGACUCCAGUGGUUCCUAUCAAGAAGGCUGUGCUCCCAGGACAAAAUAAACCCAAGAUCAGAGUCUGUGGGGAUUAUUCUGUCACAGUCAACCAUCAACUGGAGGAACAUCGACACCCGCUUCCUCUCCCCGAAGAUCUUAUGAGAAGAUUGGGAGGAGGAUAUGGAUUCACCAAAAUUGACUUGGCAGAUGCAUAUAACCAAAUCAAGCUUGCGCCGGAAAGUCAACGAAGACUAGCACUUAGCACUCAUAAGGGACGCGAUGACAAAAAUAUUCAAGAUGCAAUUUUCCAAGAGAAAGGGGCACUAUCCACUAUCUUUUGA